GGCGUUGGACAGCAACCAAAGAAAAGGGGGGGUGGGGGCAGUUUGAUAAUUUUAACUGAUGCACCAUUUCUUUCUUUCUGGAGGCCAUUCAUUUGCUUUAUUAUUUAUUUAUUUAUUAUAAUUAUCACUUUCUCAGUGUUGGUGUUGUUUGCUGUGCUUCUUUUCUAAGCUCUUCCUUUUCACUUUUUUCUUGGGGCCCUUCAAAUCAAACCCUAGCAUUUUCUUGUUUUUCUAUUUUAUUUUUUAAUAACCAAAAAAAGAAAGGAAAAAAAGUUCGCAGAUGAUUUCUCUCCUUUCUUUGGUAUGGAGUUUCAUGCUUUAACAACGAUCACAGCUCCUCCUCAACGGAUACAGCAGCAGCAGCAGCACUCCAUGUGCUACUUCCGGGGAUUGUUUCACCAGGUCAAAGCAUUCCUUUUUAUUCUGGUUUUGUCAUGUACCCUUUUUUUUCCUGCUACAUGUGGACCAUGCUUGGAUGGUGGGAUGCAAAAAUCAGCUGAGCAUGAUGGAUGUGGGUCUUAUGGAGAUGAUAGCGCUGUGGAUUCUCAAGAUGUUAUCGUUGCUGAUGCUGGUUCAGGCUAUCAUGAUGGAAGUUCAAUGACUCGCUUAAGUAUCAAGAGUAUAUGUGCCAAUUCACAUUCGUUCUGCUUUCCUUCAACAUUGUCUGGCCUUUCAUCUAAAGAACACAGGCUCAAGGUAGACUCUUCAAAAGCUUCUAGGACUGAAUCUGAGAGUCUGUCAUCUGUAGAACUAACUCAGGGGAGCAAGGGGGCUAGUAACAGCAGCUGGUUGUCAGAUUCUGGUUUGUUUGAGUUAUUAAGUGGGCAGACUGUUUUUUGUUCUUUGAACUCCAUGGACGGUGUCAGUGAGUUAUCAUCCAUGCAAUCCAGUAGUGCUAAUCAAAAUGAUCUUUCUUCGUGUAGGGGUCCUCUAACGAUUAAGAAGAGCACAGGUCUUAGGCUGAAUAUGAACUCCGAGUUGACAAAAUCUAGUUCUUUUGAUGUUUUUUCAUCAUCCCAUGUAGAAAUUAGCCCUCCAGUUCUUGAUUGGGGACAUAAGAAUUUGUAUUUUCCCUCAGUAGCUUUCUUAACAGUAGCUAAUAUGUUUAAUGACAGCAUUUUAUAUGUCUAUGAACCGUUUAGUACCAAUAUACAGUUCUAUGCCUGCAAUUUUAGCGAGUUUUUUCUAAGACCUGGCGAAGUAGCUUCAGUUUGUUUUGUGUUUUUACCAAGAUGGCUGGGCUUGUCCUCAGCUCAUUUGAUCUUGCAGACAAGCUCUGGUGGGUUCCUUGUCCAGGCUAAAGGUUAUGCUGUAGAGUCCCCUUACAAGAUUAGUACUGUGAUGAACCAAGAUUCUUCUUGUAGUGGAAGGCUGAUUACAAAUUUGUCUUUGUUUAAUCCUCUCAAUGAAGACCUAUAUGUGAAGGAAAUAAGUGCGUGGAUAUCUAUUUCUCAAGGGAAUGCUUCCCAUCACACUGAAGCAAUCUGUAGUCUAGCAAACUUUCAAGAAUCUAACGGGCUCAGCCUGUUGAAUGUUGAGGAUUGGUUGAUUGUGAAGAGUGACCUAGUUGGUUCUCCAUUGAUGGCUAUGAGGCCCCAUGAAAAUUGGGACAUUGGUCCUUAUGGUUGUGAAGCUGUUAUAGACAUUGACUUCUCAUUUGAAUCUGAAGCACAUAUUCUUGGUGCUUUGUGUGUCCAGUUACUUAGGUCUUCUCAGGAUAAGCCUGAUACCAUUUUGGUUCCUUUGGAAAUUGAUCUGGAUGGAAAAGUUGCAGGUAACGGUAUCACAGAUUUGGUUUCAGUUUCUCUUGAGGCUCUGCUUCCAUCUCAUUCUAGCAAAACUCUUAUUGCAAUAUCUUUGAGAAAUGGAGCUUCUCAUGUGCUAAGAGUUGUCAAGAUUAGUGAAGUUCCAGCAACAAAAGUUUUCAUGAUGAAGUACAUUCAUGGCUUGCUACUUUUCCCCGGAACUGUUACACAAGUUGCUACAAUUACAUGUACUCAACUGAUUGAUGAAUUACAUGAUUCCCCACCUGAAAUAUCCAAUGUAAAUAAGAACUGCAAAUUAGUUAUAUUGACAAAUGACUCGAUUAGUCCUCAAAUUGAAAUUCCUUGCCGGAACUUAAUUCGUAUUUGUUUGAGGCAUCAAAGGGAUUCAUCCAUAGGACUUGAUUGUCAGUCUGAAAAUGCUGAAUCUGAUAAUAGAAGGACAGGAUCAUUGGACAGUAGCACACAGUUGCCAUCAGAGAUCAUGGCAUUGGAGACCAUGGAAGGAGAUGAAUUUGUUCUAGAGAACUGGAAAUCUCAAGGCACCACAAACAGCAUGUCUGUACUUGAUGAUCAUGAAGUACUCUUCCCAAUGGUUCAGGUUGGAACACAACACUCUAAGUGGAUCACUGUAAAGAAUCCUAGCGAACAGCCAGUUAUAAUGCAGCUCAUUCUUAACUCGGGAGAAAUUAUUGAUGAAUGCAGGGGUAGAGAUGGUCUUGUACAGCCCCUUUCUCUAGGUAAUUUGGUUCAUAAUGAGUUCACUGCGUCUAAGUAUGGCUUCUCUAUGUCAGAGGGUGCACAAACAGAGGCCUAUGUUCAUCCUUUUGGUAAAGCAUCUUUUGGGCCAAUUUUCUUUCAUCCUUCAAAUAGAUGUGGGUGGACAAGUUCUGCACUGAUAAGGAACAAUCUUUCUGGUGUGGAAUGGUUACCUUUGCGGGGAUUUGGAGGAUCACUUUCUCUUGUCCUGCUUGAGGGGUCUGAGCCUGUUCAGAGCAUUGAAUUUAAUCUUAAUUUACCAUUUCCGCUAAAUAUGUCUGCUCCAGAUCUGCUAACUCACACAGAGGAUACUACUUAUGCUUGUUCUCAGCCAUUAUCAAAAGAGCUGUAUGCCAAAAACAUGGGGGACUUGCCUCUUGAGGUGAAAAGGAUUGAAGUUUCUGGAACAGAGUGUGGGUUGGAUGGUUUUGUGGUUCAUACUUGCAAAGGUUUUUCACUUGAACCGGGUGAAUCAAUGAAGCUUCUGAUAUCAUAUCAGUCUGAUUUUUAUGCAGCAAUGUUACAAAGAGAUCUUGAACUGGCAUUGGCUAGUGGAAUCCUUGUGAUACCGAUGAAGGCAAGUCUACCUUCGUACAUGUUCAAUCUUUGCAAGAAAUCUGUAUUCUGGAUGCGGUUGAAGAAAUUCUCUGCAAUGGUUCUUCUUUCUGCUUCCUUGAUCUUUCUGAUAUUUUGUUGCAUAUUUCCCGAAGUCAUCAAUUUUGGCUCUCAGGACUACUCGUGUAAGAAUGAGAAAAAUUCUAUCACCGCCAUGAGAAGUUCUGGAAAAUCUGCUCGCCUUCAUCAUAACCAGAGAAAUAGUAAAUUCUCUGUAUCUACUGAACUGGAUGGCUUAUUAAGAUCAACCGCAGAAGGAAAAACCUCAAAGGACGAAUCUGGCUUCAAGUAUCCUGAUCGUCAACUUGGAGGUCCAGACCAGGGAAUUAUUGUUCAGAACGGGAUACCAGUUCCAGAACAUCACAAACAAGUUCCAUCUUUAUUGUCGAAAUCUGUAGUGGCUGAGAAUUCUUCUAUUGCCCUUGAAGCUUCCCAACCUUGUAAUCUUACCGUCAAGAUUGGAAAAGAGAAAGGAAGAAGGCGGAGGAAGAGAAAAGGUGUUACUGCAGGUUUAACAGGACUGUUUGAAGUGUCAAGUAGUCAAAGUGGGAACUCUACGCCUUCAUCUCCAUUGUCUCCUCAAACAUCUCUUACACCUAAUCGUACUUUGUCAACAUUUCAUGACACAGAUCCUAUUGAGGCCAGAACCUUAUCCACACAAGUGGCUGACCAACAAUGUAAGAGGGCACAGGUGGCUGAACCCACUGCCAAGGAAACUGUACCAGAGUCCAAGUAUUCUUUAAAACGCUGCAGCAGCAGCAAUUGCUUCUCAUCUAAUCCAGAGCCAUCUUCAUUGCCAAGAGAAACUACUACUAAGCCUGUUUUAUUGCCUUCUGCUACUUUUUGUUCCGCUGGCAGGGCAGUCUCUAAUGUGUUGUCCUUGGCUCCUUCACCAGCUUCAACAGCUACAAUUGCUCCUCAUGCUCGAGCUCCUGGGCCCAAACCAUAUAACCAGAAAAAGGUAGAAGAAAGGGUAGGCGAUGAAUAUACAUAUGAUAUCUGGGGUGACCAUUUUUCUGGACUCCAUUUAGUAGUAGGUAGUUCGGAGGCUACAACCAUGAAAACUAUAGCGACAGAAAACAAUUCCAGUAGCUUCUUUGUAAGGGGUCCACAAGCCCUUGUGGCAGAAUCCCAACCCAAAUCGCGUAUUGAAGCUAAAUAUGGGCGUGUGGGCGCUAAAGGGGUGUCAGUUUAGUUGGGAUGCAGCGCAUCCUUCUUUUCCAACUUUUAUUUAAAUAAAAGUUGAAAUCAUCUAUUUCGGACCAAUCGGGAACUAAAGAUGUCGAGAGGAAGCACCGGGAAAGCUUGAAUUCAGCAUCUUCGACACCCAGGGGAGUUUGCAGAUAUUGCCGAUGUCAAUCACGCUUGAGAACCCAAGUCAUAGGUUUUAUCUUUGUCCAUUAAGGCAACAGGUUUGCAAUUAUAUAUCUAAUUGUUUUAUCAUUGUCUCUUCUUUCUAGCCAUAGCCUGCACUUUGAGUGGAUUGAGGAACCUUAUUCUAGCAGAGUGAAGGAAGGUGUACACUUGAGGUAAUCAAUAAAGAAGUGUUGUGGGAGUUUAAGUUGAAAACUGAACAUGCUACUAACGGCGUUCUUCAGCAAAAGUUAAAAAAAUUUAAUUGAUAAUUAGGCCAAAAAAGAAACGUAUAUGUAAAGAUUAUGAUCUCACUUGUACAAAAAUGUAAACUGUUUAUUUUAAAUAUAAUAUUAUUUAUCACUUAAUUUUAUCUUUUCA